CAGCUUCAGGCGCGUCCUCAGAGUCCCUAAAUUUUCGCGCGACAGAGUCUCGCCUAAAUUCCUAGCCCACCACACCACCGCAGGGCUACGGACAAAUGAUACCUGGAUGUCGAUUUUUCUUGAAUACUGGCGCAUUUGACUCCACGACUGACUCACUGUCUCACUCACAAUAACUCUGCUGCCUGCUGAAGGGACUUAAAAGCGAUAUUCCCGCCGAGAAGUCUGCGAAAACGCUAGCCUGACCCGACUUCGCGAUCCCACACAAAAAAAGCCCGCCGACGAGGGGUAAAAAUCUACAAUCCACGAAGACAAGUCACAAAAUAGAUACAGACAACGAGAGAGGAGGCCACCUAAAUCGCAAUCAUGGCGCCGAGCUUUGAUCACCUACCAGAUCCAGAGGAGGAGGAUUACGAUGAGGAUGAGGAACUUGACUUUUCAGAUUUGCGAGAGAGAUUUGAGGUUCAGCUUGAGCAAGGAUUGGACGCAUUUGUGGUCAUCGAUGGACUGCCAGAGGUUACGGAAGAGACAAAGCCAAAAUUGAUCAAGUUCUUGAGGAGGAAACUGGAGCCAGUCGGAAAGAUAAAGGAGGAGUCGAUUCACAUGCCACUGGAUUCCUUCGGAAAGUCAGAGAAGUUUGCGUUUGUUGAGUACUCUUCCCCAGCUGAAGCCGUCGCUGCAUGCAAGCAACUCGAUGGUGUCCCUCUCGAUAAGAAGCACAUCCUUAGAGUAAACAAGUUGACGGAUAUUGAGCGAUUUGGCCGAGAAGGACGAAUUGAUGAGAACUAUACAGCUCCGAAGAUCGAAGAUUUCCAGGAGAAGGAGCAUUUGCGAUCAUGGCUGGCAGACCCAAGUGGCCGUGGACGGGAUCAAUUCGUUAUGUACAAGGAUGAUAGAGUUCAGGUCUUCUGGAACAACGAGAAGGAUGCGCCAGAGAGCAUUGUAGACCGACAGCACUGGACCGAAUCCUUCGUACAAUGGUCUCCUCUAGGCACAUACCUUACUUCUAUGCAUCAGCAGGGUGUUCAGCUCUGGGGUGGCCCAUCUUGGAUCCGACAAAAGCGAUUCCCUCAUCCAUUUGUCAACUUGGUAGAUUUUUCGCCCAACGAAAAGUACAUCACAACCUGGUCAAAUCGCCCAAUCGUUAUUGGAGAAGAAGGUCAUCCAGCGCUGUCUGUUGAUGAUGAUGGAAAGAACUAUGUUAUUUGGGAUAUCGAAACCGGCAAACCACUCCGAUCAUUCGCAAACCUUGACCUUCCAAGCAACUCAGUUGAUGAAGCUGGUCAGCCAGUAAAGCGGAAGGUUGUCUGGCCAGCAUUCAAAUGGUCGGCUGAUGACAAGUAUGUUGCGCGAUUGACACAAGGUUCGUCGAUCUCAGUCUACGAACUGCCCCGUAUGGGUCUUCUCGACAAGACAUCAAUCAAGAUUGAUGGUGUCAUGGAAUUUGACUGGGCACCUGCCACGCCAAGAAGAGAAGGUGUCAAGACCUACGAGCAACUUUUCUGCUUCUGGACUCCUGAAAUCGGCAGCAACCCAGCCAAGGUUGGAUUGAUGAGCAUCCCCUCCAAGGAAAUUGUUAGAACUCUCAAUCUCUUCAGCGUCACUGAUGCAAAGCUUCACUGGCAGUCAAAUGCCGACUACCUUUGUGUCAAGGUCGACAGACACUCGAAGUCAAAGAAGUCCCUAGCAACCAGUCUUGAAAUCUUCCGUGUCCGUGAGAAGGGAGUACCUGUUGAAGUUGUUGAUGGUAUCAAGGACACCGUCAUCAAUUUUGCUUGGGAGCCCAAGGGAGACCGAUUCGUCAUCAUCACCACAGCCGAAGUUGUCGCACCUUCAGCUGUUCCACCUAAGACAUCAGUUGCAUUUUACUGCCCAGAAAAGGUCAAGGGUGCAGGUGUUGGUAACUUCAAGCAUAUUCGAACCUACGACAAGAAGAACAGCAACGCCAUCUACUGGUCGCCCAAGGGUCGCUUCGUCAUCGUCGCAACUGUUCACUCGCAACAAAGUUUCGACAUGGAGUUCUUCGAUAUGGACUUUGAGGGCGAGAAGCCAGAAAGUGACAAGGAAUUGACUGCCAACUUACAACUCAUGAACACUGCUGAUCACUACGGUGUUACCGAUAUUGAUUGGGAUCCAACUGGCCGAUUCGUCGCUACCAGUGCAUCGAUUUGGAAGCACGCGAUGGAGAACGGUUACCACCUGUACGACUUCAAGGGCGAGCAACUCCGCGAAGAGCCAGUCGAGAAAUUCAAGCAAUGGCUCUGGCGCCCACGCCCAGCAAGCCUCUUGUCCAAGGAAGAGCAAAAGCAGAUCCGCAAGAACCUCCGCGAGUACAGCAAAGUCUUCGACGAGGAGGACAAGGACCGCUUCGCAUCGGCCGAUCUCGCAGUCGUCGAGCACAGACGCAGACUACUCAACGAAUGGCUUGCAUGGAGAGAACAGAUCACCCAGGAAGUCGCCGAGGAGAGAGAAGCUCGUGGCCUUCCACUCGAUCCCAUCGAAGGUCUUAUUCAGAAGACCGACGAGAGCGAGGACCAGGUUAUCGAGGAGAUUGUCGAAGAGAUCGUGGAGGAGACCGAGGAGAUCAUGCCAUGAGAAUUUUCUGGGCUGUUGUUACUGUAGUUUUUCCAUUUCAUUGCCAACCUUCUCAGGAGUUUAUUUACUUUCUUGCAUUUCUGCACGCCUACUUGCCUGGGGUCUUCAUGCUUUGGGCUACGCUAUGCAAUGCCGAAGGUGGGAUGCAUACUUGUCCAUGAAAUAGAGAUGCCAGCUAUGAACUGAGGGGAUGACAUGAGUGCGUAGAUCAUUCUAAAAGCAUAGCAAUGCAGAAUCAAAGAAAGUAUGAACCAUGAC